AUGGAGGGGGGUGCAAAACGGCUGCAGCAGCUCGCGGCCAGCCGUGGCGCCGCGUGGGACCACAUCGUCAUCGAGAGCUCGGGCGUUGCCGAACCGCGGGAGAUCCGCAACAACCUGCGCGAGGCUCUCGCCACCGACCCAGACGCCCUCAACGGCGCGGCGCUGUCGAGGAUGGUGACUGUCGUGGAUGCCUCCACCUUCCUACAGCAGUUCGAGCGCCGCCAGGCCAUCGGCGACCGGCCCGACCUGGGAGGUGGGGAGAAUGUGCCGAUGCCCAUCCUGGCGGCGCGGCGGCAGGUCGUGGACCUGAUGUGCGAGCAGGUGGAAUGCGCAGACAUUGUCAUCCUCAACAAGGCGGACCUCGUCUCGUCGACCGAGCUGCAGCUGCUCACCGAGGCGGUGGCGCGCCUCAACCCGCACGCCGCAGUCCUCGCCACCCAGUUCGGACAGGUCGACCCCGCCUCCGUUCUGAGUGGCGGGAUGGUGGGCGGCAGCGUGGCGUCGCUCGACAUAGAAAGGGAGCAGUGGCGGCUUGUCCAACUCUCGAUUGGCGGCGGCGAGGGAGCGCACGGCGAGGGCGCGCACGGCGAGAGCGAGCAUGGCCACGGCGACGGCGCGAACGGGCCCGGACACAGCGAGUGUGCACAUGCCCAUGGCGAGUGCGGGCACGAGCAUGGUGAGCGCCAGCAUGGCCACGGCGAACAUGGACACGGUCACGGCUCGGGGCGGGCUGAGGCCGACGGCGGCGGGUGCACUGUGGCUGGCUGCAGCAGCCACGCGCAUAGCCACGGCCACGCCCACCACCAGCAUAGCCACAGCCGCGGCCGGGAGGCGGAGCGCUUUGGCAUCACCUCCUUUUGCUACCGCCGCCGCCGCCCCUUCCACCCACGACGUCUCAUGGGUGUCGGCUUCUCCGACUUUGAGGCGGCGCGCACACGAGCUCUUGCACGAGCCGCUGGCCGGGCCGCGCCCUCCGCCGCCGAUCCCGCCACCGCUGACGCGUCUCCAAUGGCGGCGGUGAUUCGGUCCAAGGGGUUUGCUUGGAUGCAGUCGGCGCACUGGAAGCGCUUCCUGUGGGCGCACGCAGGCCGCCACGUCGAGGCGCGCGACGUGUCCCCCUCGGGCGCCUGCAGGCCCCUCCCGGCCGGACGAUUCCCCCCUGCGACGCAGGUGGCGCCGCACGCGCCCUGGUGGGACGCUGUGAUUCGCGACGAGUGGCCGGCCGGCGCGGCGGACGUCGCCGCCAUCGAGGCGGACAUGGCGGCCGAGUUUGGCGACCGGAGGCAAGAGAUUGUCUUUAUCGGCGUGCAGAUGGACGAGCAGCGCAUCACGGCGCCCAGAGGGGGCGGCUUGCCUCCCCGCAAGAGCUGCGCCUGA